UGUUAUAUGUAUUUUGACUGUGCUGGUUCACCUUCUUGGUUAUGAAAUACACAGGGGAAUGCUAGCUUGGCUUGUAAAUCUAUGGAAAGCUCUAACGGGAAGCAAAUAUGAUGGGAAGUAUCUCCAUAAGGUGAUAAGGGAGAAUUUAAAGGACAAAAGAUUGCACCAAGCUUUGACAAACGUAGUUAUUCCAACCUUCGACGUCAAGAAACUUCAGCCCACUUUCUUUUCCUCCUAUCAGCUAACACCCGAUACAGGCUUAGAUGCUAAAUUAUCGGACAUAUGCAUAGGGACCUCAGCAGCGCCAACUUAUUCUCCUGCCCAUUGCUUUACCAACAAAGAUCAUGAAUUCAAUCUCAUCGAUGGUGGAAUGGCAGCCAACAAUCCUACUUUGGUUGCAAUUAGUGAGGUGAUGAAACAGAUAACAAAGAAGAAUCCGGAUUACUUCCCAGUAAUCAAGCCCUUGGAAUAUGAGCGUUUUAUUGUGAUUUCAAUCGGAUCAGGGUCGAAAAGGAGACAAGGAAAAUACAGUGCUAAAAGGGUUUCAAAGUGGGGGGUGUUUUGUUGGAUAUACGAUGAUGGAUCUACUCCAAUAAUAGAUUGUUACAGUGCAGGAAGUGAGGAUAUGGUUGAUUACCACAUCUCUGUUGUUUUCCAAGCCCUUCAUCAACAGAAGAAUUACCUUAGGAUCAAUAUGUACAGUGUGCUUUCUGGAACACCAAAGGACAAAGCAGCAGAAUUUUCAAUCAGGAAUAUUUUGUUCAAUGCUGAAGAAAAGAUAUUGUUGACCAAACGAGUCUCGUGUGCAAAUUUGGAAACUUGUAUCAAUGAACCAGUUCAAAAAGAUUACACCAAUAUGGAAGCACUCCAAUGCUUUGCAAAAAAGCUAUCUCAUGAAAAGAAGUGCCGUGAAUCAAACUCCCCGCAUAACGGAGCCAAUGAAUAA